AUGCUCAUCUCAUUCGCCCAACGUGUGGUCGACGAGGACGGCGAAGAUGUGACCGACGAAUGGGCCUACCUGUCAAACGAAAGCCUAGAGGAAAAAUUAGUCAAGCGAGCCGCAAAAAGGGCUUUGCGAUCGAUUUGUCAUCGCCAGCGGAGAAAGUCCAAAGUAGAUUCGACUACUGCAGCUAAACUCACGAAGGCAGAAACUGACACUAUCACAAUCGUGGAUGAUGAUGACAGUAUGAUGGUAGGUGCCGAUGACGAUUUUGAGCCUAGCUUUUCGGACACGUCAGCAACGACGGAUGGCAGCAUUGGCAUAUAG